AUGUCAUUGAAACCAAAAACAAUAAAUUUUACUGAAAAAUGGAACAGUUUACAAGAAACUAUGAAAGGUGUCAUAACACUAGAUCGAGUUCCUAGGGAUGCAUGGAAUGAACGGUUCAACGAUGUUUAUUCUAUGUGUGUGGCUUUUCCAGAGCCACUUGGUGAUCAGCUUUAUGACUCUACAAAAUUAUUCCUAGAGAACCAUGUCCUUGAACUAUUAACAAUCAUACAAACUGGAGGUACUGAAAAUCUUUUGCAAAAUUAUUAUACAUACUGGCAAAAGUAUAGCAAAGGAGUAAAAUACUUACAUUCACUUUACCAGUACGUAUUUUAUUUAUUGUAUUAAAUAUUAAUAAAAAAUACAUAUUGUGAAUAAAGAAUACAUUAUUAAAAUACAUUUUUUUUCUAGAUACCUUAAUAACCAACACAUUAAAAAACACAGAAUGUCUGAAGCUGAAAUUUUAUAUGGCAACAUAACACCUGAUAUUGAUGUACAGAUGGAGGUUGGAGAACUAGGACUUGAUAUAUGGAAACACAAUAUGAUUAUGCCUCUAAAAGAUAGUAUGCUUAAAUUGUUGUUAGACGAGAUUGACAAACAAAGGCACAUCAAAUCUAUGACUAAAUCUACUGAUAUAAUUUCUACUGUUAUUAAAUCAUUUGUUAUCGUCCAGGCAUUCAGGAAAAAAAAUCCACUUGAAGUAAUUAAAUUUAUUUAUAAUACCAAAAAUUAUUACUUAGUGGUAUUUUGUUGAAUUGGUACAAUAUACUUUAUAUAAUUUUCAUAAACAAGUAUAUUAUAUAAUAUAUGUAUUAUUGAAUUAAAGGAGCAAAAUUAAAUUUCUAAAAUAAUUAUAUUAGGUGUCAUAGUCUUAUUGUUUAAUAUUUAGUAUUUAGUAAAUUAAAAUAGUUACCUAUUCUAUGGUGCUUUUAUUGCUAUUUUAAAUAUCGUUUCUGCUAUCGUGUGACAAUUUAUAGUGUAUACUGUUUUUAAUCUUCAUUUAUUGAGCCUAUUUGAUUAUCUUCAAUUAAUUUGACAAUCUCAUUUACCAGAUUUAAAUUAUGACCUAUGCCAUAUACUUGUUUGUGUUCUAUAUUGUUUUACUAUUAAUAAGGUAGUGAAUCAAUAAAACUAAAAUUGAUAAAAUCAUUAAAAAAAAAAUAUAAGUUUUAAACAAAAUUAAUUGUUCUAUAUUUUUACUAAAAAUAUUUAAUACUUCACAAACUUUUAUGUUUAAAUGUAUUUUUGAGACUAUCAUAAAUUCUUCAUUUUUAUUUAAAUUCACAUUAUCAAUUUUUCUUAAUGCUAGACCCGUUUAAUAUUUUGUAUUGUUGCAUCUGUUAAUUCAAUUGUUUCAGAUGUGAAAUACCAAAGAUGGUUGACAAAUUUGUUUUCUAUAUAUCCGUAAUAAAUAUGGCGUAAAACACUUGUAUCAAACAUGGCUUUACAUUCUUCAUAAUGUUGUUCUUUUCUAGAAUUUUCAUUUUAUUGUCUUUAAUGUAAAUUUCUUUAAAUAUAGGAAAAACGGGAGAAUAAGUACAAUGUUAAACAAAUAUUAUUAAAGAAAAUGUAUAUGACUAUGUAAUUAUUCUACUAUAAUAUGGCAUUUAUAUUGUUGAUAAAGCAACACCAUCAACUGAAAUCCGCUUAAAAUUGUUUUUUCAUUAACAACGGUUUAUUGUUACUUGCAUAUAUACAUUAAUUUUGCCAUCUAAUGCCUUUCCAACUUCUCACCUACAACAGUGGCUGAACCCACGUACGAAGUUGCCCAGCUUUUAAUUUAAUUUUUCCUACUAGUAUAUAAUCUGUUCUAAACAAAUAACCCGAUCUUAUUAAUUUGUAUGCUCUUUCAAAUUCUUCAUUUCUAGUACUUUUACUACUAAAUUUAAAAAAAAAUUAUCUACUACUUUUUGAUUACUACUAAAGAUAAGAGAAGAAUUAUUAAGGAUAGAAGAUUUAUUCAUAAGUUAUAUUGAAAUUAAAUGAUGUGAUCAUAGGAAGAAGCAAAUAUUGAAAAAGGAGUUAGACAAGGGUGUCAACUUAUGACCCACACUAUUUAAUCUAUAUGUUUGAAAAUGUACUAAAAAAAUUAAGGGAAGAAGUUAUUUGGGGAAAAAAAAUGAAUGGUAUGCUAGUACAAAUGUUGCGUUUUGCAGACGACAGCAGUGAUAGCGGAAAGUGAAGAAGAAUUAGGCAACAUGCUAACAGAAAUAAAAAAUGAUAGCUGUAAAGAGUACAAAAUGAAAAUAUACAAGAACAAAACAAAAAUACUAAUAUGCAGCAAGCAAGUAUUGAUUUCAAACAUAAAAAUUGAAAAUGAGAAGCUGAAAACUGUUCAAUGUUUUACAUAUUUAGAGAAAAUUACAUAUGAUAGAAAUAGCAAGAUGGACAUAAAAAGCAGAAUAGCACAAGCUAACCAGCAAUUAUAUAAUAAAAACCAACAAACACUAUUAGUCUGGAAACCAGAAAAACUCUUAUAAAGAGUCCUCUAUGGGGCAGAAACAUGAACUAUACUCAUAUCGGAAAGAAAAAAUAUUGAAGCUUUUGAACGCUUAAUAUACCUUGAAUAGGGAAAGUUAAAAUUGGAGAAGUAUACUUAAGAAUGAAAAAACAGAAAACAAUUGGUGAAAGAAGGAAAAAAUGGAUUGGACAUAUAAUGAGAAACAAUGAAUAGAUAACGACAAUAAGAAGCGGAAAAGCUGGAAGAAGUAAAUCAUUUAUAAAACAGAUUAUAACAGAUAUAGAAAAAACCAAUUAUAUAUAACUUAAAGUAGCUGUGAUGAAUGGAGAUGAGUGGAGGUCCAUCUACGUCUGCACAAUAGUUAUUUGUUUGACUCAACAGUCGAUUGUGUCAAAAUAAUUAUUGCGAUUAAUCAAUAUAUUUUGAAGAAGCAAUUUAUAUAUUCACGAUAAUUAUUUGUCAUGUUUGAUAGUCAAUUGGAUUGAAAUAAUUGAUACUAUCGAUAUUUAUUUUUAAGUUAUAUAAAUGCUUCGAUUUCGAUUAUAUUGAUAUAUCCGAUUAAUUGAUAAUAUCACUCGUGAAAAACAAUUAAUCAAUAUAUAUCGGCCAGAUCUAGGUACAUCGAAGUCAUUAAACCGAUCUAAAAAUUAAAAAAAAAAAAAAAGUACUUUGAAUGAAAAUCUUACAAUUUUCCUUUAAGUGUUUCUUCUUUUUAUACAUAUAUAUUUUAUCUAGUAUGUUUUUGUUAGCUCCUCCAUUCAUUAUAUAAACAUUAUAAUUUGUCUAUGCAACAUGGAAUAUCUCUGGUUAGUAUACAGGUUUUUUCUUAAAAUGAUAUUGUUUCUUUUAUUAAUAAAGAAACACUGUGCUUUGUAUUGAGUUUUACUUUCCUAAGAUUAUAGAAUAUUACUUUAAACAUAUUUUUAUUUGAUCCAAUUUACAAUAUCAUACAACAUUAUAUGAGUAUACACAAUAUUAAUAACAGGUACAAAAUAUGUAUUACAAUAGAAUAUACAAGUAUGUAAUAUUCCACGGAAACAUAAUAUAAUAUACACUUAAUGUUUAGUAUUUGACUUUAUCGCAAUUUACCAAACUACAAUAUAAGAUUAAAAAAAAAAAGGUCUAAUAGCUAUGCACUAUAUAUAGAUAUUCACUAUCAUUGUUAAGUAAUAUCAACCAAAAAUUAAAAGUAAAUGUGAUAAUUUCAAGAAAAAUGUAGUAUUAAACUUUGAAGGAUUUGGGGCACGAGUUAAACGUAAUCAAUUAGUAUAGAAUUUUGUGUACAGUAUUUUUAUACUUACUAAAACAAAAUAAGGGUAUCAUUAAAAAAAGCUGUCCUAGAAUAAUGAGGAUAGAUGCAGCUACUAAUUUAAUGUAUACCUGUAAGCCACGAUAAACCAUUUUAAUGAAAAAACAAUUCUGAGCAGAGUUCAGUUGAUAAUAAGGCUUUGUCAACAAUAUAUAUAUAUAUAUAUAAGUCAUAUUAUAGUAAAAUAAUUAAAUAGGUAUUGUAUACUUUCUUUAAUAAUAUUUAUUAAAAGUACCAAUUUUCCCAUUUUUCUUAAAUUUUUCACAUUUUUGAGAAAAUCAAAAAAAAUGACCUCCCUAAAGUACCUCUCCACACCAAUUUCCUUUCAAAAGAGUUACUACACUUAAAAAUCAAAGCAAGAUUUCUGAUAGAAAAGUUGCACACAGAUAAAAAAAAAAAAAACAUUUUUCUAAAACCAUAAGCUUCUUUACUCCGACUCGGAAUCUUAAAAUUACUUAUACAACUAAGGACCACCCUAGUCUACAUCCUAAAACCUAAUCAUAAUUUUUACGUAGAAAAAAAUAUAUUUUUUUAUUCACAGUUAUAUCAAGUUUAUUUUGAGGAGCCUUUACUAAAACAAAGUAGUGAAUACUUUAAAUGUCAAGCUGCGAGAUUACUACAAGAAUGCACAGUAUCUGAAUAUAUGGUUAAAGUUUUAGAAAUAAUGAAAGAAGAAUCACUAAUGUCAAAAAAAAUUUUUGAUGACAGGUAAUUGUUCUUAAAUUAAAAGUUACAUAAAUAUUAUUGAACACCUAUCAAUCAUUUGUUUAAUUUCUCUUAGCACAUAUGACAAAUUACGUGAACGGUGUCGAAAACAUAUGGUAGGUGACCAUUUGGAUGUUUUACAUGGAGAAAGUGAAGCUAUGAUAAAAGAAGAGCGCCGAGAAGACAUGCUACAUAUUUAUUUACUCCUACGUGAUAUCAAAAAUGGAAUGACUACAUUGGUCGACAUUUUUAGAGAACACAUAAAACAACACGGAAUUCGAGUUAUUGAAUCUUUAAAACAAGAACAAGUAUAUUUUUUUUUAAUUAUAUUCUUUGAAUUACUAUAGUAUCAAAAAAAUUAAUUUUUUUUUAUAGAUUUAUUUACAUUUUGUUGAAGAGGUAUUAGCUGUACAUAAAAAGUACAAAUGUAUGGUUAUUGAAGUGUUUCAAAAUGAUUUAAGUUUUAGUAGUGCUCUUGAUAAAGCAUUUACUGUAAUCAUAAAUUAUAAACCAGUGAAAAAUCUACCAUCAAAAUCUCCUGAAUAUUUAUCAAAAUAUUGUGACAAUUUAUUAAAAAAAACGUCGAAAGGCAUGUUUGAUUAUGAAAUAGACCGCAAGUUAUUACAGUCUAUUACUAUAUUUAAGUAUAUAGAUGAUAAGGAUGUAUUUCAAAAGUUUUAUCAGAGACAUCUGGCAAAACGGUUAAUACAUCAUCAAAGUCAGUCCAUGGAUGGUGAAGAAGGAAUGAUCAAUAAACUUAAAGUAAACUAAUUUAAGUACAUCCAAUUUUCUUAUUUAUUUAAUUAAUAUAUAUUAUUAUGUUUUUAUUUUUAGCAAGCGUGUGGUUAUGAAUUCACCAAUAAAUUACACAGAAUGUUUACCGAUAUUAGAGUAUCUGAAGGACUAAAUGCAAAAUUUCAUAAUGAAUUUCUUAAAACUGGAGAGGAAUUAAAUAUUUCUUUUUCUAUGUAUGUAUUGCAAACUGGAGCUUGGCCCUUGGGAUCUUCUGUUGUGUCAUCAUUUGUUAUUCCUAAAGAAUUAAUACCUUGUAUGCAAUAUGUAUGUAUUUAAAAUAUUUAUAAUUGAAUAUUGAUGACAAAUUAUUUGUUUUUUUUUAUUGAUUUAUAUUAGUUUGAAGAGUUCUACAAAGCAAAAUUUAAUGGUCGAAAAUUAACAUGGCUUCAUCAUCAUUGUCAAGGUAUAAUUAUUGUCUCGCUACUAAAAUAUUAUUUUUUCUAAAAUUAUUUAUACUCUAUAGGAGAGUUAAAAUUAAAUUAUUUAUCAAAGCCAUACCUGGUUACCAUGCAAACAUUUCAAAUGGCAAUCAUGUUACUAUUUGAAAAUCGUGACGUUUACAAAUGUACAGAACUCUCCGAAUUGCUUCAAUUAUCCAGUGAUCAUUUUCAAAAACACUUCAAUAGUCUUCUUGAAUGUAAAUUAAUACUAAUGGAAGAUGAUGUAAGUAUCUUAUUAGACUUUUUAAAUUGUAAACUUGAAAUUCCCUUUCACCGCAUGCUCAGAACUCUUUUCACCUAACUCCCACUUCUGGAUUCCCUCUAUAUUCAAUAUACUUAAUAUUUUUCUUAUAUUUAUAAUUAAAUAUAUAUUACAUUAUUGUUUUGUUUGUACACAACAGUACAGUAAACAAUAUUACAACAAUUACUAACUAGUUUCAUUUUCUACUCCCCUUGUAACUGUUGUUUAAUGUAUACACAAAAACAACAUUUUAUUUAUUUUUGUUAUUAUUAUUAUUAUUAUUAUUUUUUAGAAUGUAACUUUAAAUAUGGAAUAUGCUAAUAAGCGUACAAAAUUACGCAUAACAUCUGCUCUUCAAAAAGAUACCCCACAAGAAAUUGAACAGACUGUUAAUUCUAUUGAAGAUGAUCGCAAAACUUACUUACAGGCGGCAAUUGUUAGAAUAAUGAAAGCACGCAAAUUAUUAAGACAUAAUCAACUUGUUAAUGAAGUAAGUGAAGUGUGUAAUAUAAAUUAUAUAGUAUUUAUGUAUCAAAUAUGUAUUGUAUUUUAGAUAUUAAGUCAAUCAACGACAUUUGCUCCAACAAUUGCACUUAUUAAAAAAUCUAUUGAGACACUUAUUGAUAAAGGUUAUUUGGAACGUACUCCAAAUUCAGCUGAUGGCUACAGUUAUGUUGCAUAA